GAAGUUGUGAGGGGCAUCCCAUUCCCCAACUCAGGCUUCAAAUUCUCCCGGCCCCUGGCUCCCCCGUGCUGGGUGCCUGGAAGCCCUCCAGGUGGCAUGCUGGAAGACUCCCCAGUGACUGUCAUAUCCGUCACUGUCCUUGCUCAGCCCAUUCCCUCCAGUCUCCUACCAGCUGUGCAGCCAGCUGCCGAGUGUCCGCCAGGAGGGAGCGCGUCAGGAGCACCGCACUGUCCAGGUGGGGACACUGAGUCUCAGAUAGACAUGGGGGGCCUUGCUCUUGAGGCACCUAACAGCAGCUGAGCAGCUCCGGCCCUAUGUCUUCAAGGCUGGACCAGCCCCAUGCCUGGCUGAAGGUUCCAGAGAGAAGGCCAGAUGGGAAUGGAAUCCAGGGAUUCUUCUAUCCAUGGAGCUGUGAGGGAGAUGUGUGGGAUAGGGAGAGCUGUGGGGGUCAGGCAGCCAUCGAGAACCCCAACCUCUGUCUGCGCCUGCGAUGCUGCUACCGAGAUGGUGUCUGCUACCACCAGCGUCCUGAUGAGAGCAUGCGCAGGAAGCACAUGUGGGCACUGGGCUGGACCUGUGGUGGCCUGCUCUUCCUGAUCGCUGGCAUCUGCCUGUUCUGGUGGGCCAAGCGCCGGGACAUGCUGCACCUCCCACCGUUCCUGAAGGGCAAAUGCGGCGACCUGUCGAGGACAGUCUCGCUGCUGUCCAAGGACCGCGGGUCAACGGAGAAGAAGUCGUCCGCAGGCAGCAUGCAAACCCCGGCGGAAGGGGGGGAAACCGAAGGGGAAGGGGAGGCGACGGAAGGGGGCGAGGAAACAGAGGAGGGGGGAGACUAG